AUGAGCAUGACGAUCGACGCCCAUCCUGAAGACUUCGAGUCGCCGAGCACAACCUCAACCCUCUUCAGUCCCGUCGACUCGAUACCCUCAGACUCUGCCACCACCCCUGGCAUCCUCUACAUUGAUCCGGCUUUGUCGGAGGACAGUAUCAAACCUGACCUCACCCAAGACAUCGUCCGCGACGAACUCAACUUUUAUAUGCCCAGAAGCGCAGGUUGGGAUGACCCUCCUGACGCCAGCGCCACGGACCUCAUAUCGCCGCAUCAGCUUUACGCGUACCCAAACUUUGAUAUAACCGGCGCAGUGGUAACUGCUCCCGGCCCUGAUUCCCCGAGCGCAGAGAUGAGGGCACCAACCAAGAGAGAGAGUCCUUCGACCACACCAGACGACGUUCCUGCUGCGAGACGGAAGUCAACUGACAACCCAGCCGACCAUCGCGAACGCAACCGGAUCGCCGCGCACAAGUGCCGACGGAAACAGAAGGCCAACGUUGAGCAACUGCAGCUGCGCGAAAGGGAACUCGCCCAGGAGAACAAGUGUCUCCAUGCUCAUGUUGGGCUGCUGAAAGAGGAGGUGCUGGGACUGAAGCAUGCGAUUCUCGCACACGGGUCAUGUGAUAGUGCUCUCAUCCAGAACUACAUUGCGAAAUCAGCGCAAAAUCUCGCAUGA